AUGCUCGCGCCCUUCUCCCGCCUCGAGGCCACCGUGCCCGCCAACGACAAGCGCCUUGCCCUCGCCUGCCUCAAGCUCGGCCAGCACCUCAAGGAGUCCAGCUCCGCCGACCCAUCCCGUGUCCUCACACUCGCACUGCGAUGCCUGGGAAUCCUCGGGGCCACCCGCCAGCCCCAACGCCUCCACCCCGGCCUUGGCCUCCGCCUCCGUCUCCGUCUGUGA